UUUUCAAAGUGAGUGUCUUGCUGACUUUGAUGUACUGGUAUUUAGUUGGAAUGGCAAGCUUACUCUGAAAAAUGAGAUGGGUGCUCAUUCUGAUUAAUGAGAGGAGGCUCUCUUCUGUGGCACUUCCUGGAAUGUGUAUUGCCAUUGAUCUUGGAGCCAGGUGUACUUGGUUACUUUUAAGUAGAAAUUAUUAACUAUAUAUAAUCCUAUAUAACUGUACUAACUAGAAACUAUUGUCUAGGUUUAUACUAUUUUAGUGGACACAUUUCAAACAUUUGAAAAAGUGUUCUCUUACUGAGAAAGAUAACAGAUUAACUAAGAUAGAAAGAUACCUUCUUUUUUCUAUAGCCCCCUAAAAUGCUGUAAGUAUGUUUAACUUUUAAAUCCAGAUGAAACAAGUGGCCUGGGUUGCUCAGGUUUCUUUAGUUUUAUUAUUUUGUACUUAACCUUGAACUCAGCCAGGUACUGAAUCAAAGACCUUGGGAUUUUUCUUAUCUACUGCUUUGUUAGAAGAAAAUUGCCUAAGGAAUCAGCUCUUCUGCAAUAACUGUAUCCUAUGAAAGAUGGUCAAGCCUGUCUGAGCAUCUCACCUCUACUAACCUUUGUACAGAACUCAUGGCUUCCUUUUGAUGCCUGCUGGGUAUGUGUUUGGAUAAUUGCAGCCUUCCCCAGAACUUCACUGUAGUCUAACCCCAACAAGUUGCUUUACAGAUUAUACAUGAUUAAUGCAGAUGUUGCCACAUUUUCAUUGCCAUGGCUCAAAAACAGAAGAAAACAUGCGAUUAUGGCAAUCACACAGUCUCGGUAAAACAAGUUCUAUUCAGUUUUUUCUGAAGGAAAGCUGUCUGUUAAAGUGAAGCAAAGGCACUUAUUGUGGAUUACAAUGUAUUGACGAUUUGGAUUUUCAGUCAUAUGAAAAUAAAGCAUCAUUUAACUUUUUAAAUGAAAAAGCUUAAGACCUCAUACAACUGCUGUAUAUUUUGGAAGCCAUUCUCCAAAACAGAAGUGCACAUUUGAAACACAGACAUGAUGUUCCUUUCUGCAGGGAUUUAAGUGUAAUUUACAUCAUGACAAGCUUGAAACGAUCACAGACAGAAAGGCCUGUUGCCACUGACAGGACCUCUGUUGUUGGCACAGAUGGUCCUCCCAAAGUCCACACUGAUGAUUUCUACAUGCGCCGCUUCCGGUCCCAAAAUGGCAGUUUAGGAUCAUCAGUCAUGGCUCCCGUAGGGCCCCCACGAAGUGAAGGCUCUCAUCAUAUAACCUCCACUCCUGGAGUCCCAAAGAUGGGGGUUCGGGCAAGGAUUGCAGAUUGGCCUCCAAGAAAGGAAAACAUAAAAGAGUCUAACCGUUCAAGCCAGGAAAUAGAAACCUCAAGUUGCCUUGAGAGCAUGUCCUCCAAAAGCAGUCCUGUGAGUCAGGGAAGUUCUGUUAGCCUCAAUUCUAAUGACUCAGCCAUGCUAAAGAGCAUACAGAACACACUGAAAAACAAGACCAGACCAUCGGAGAACAUGGACUCCAGAUUCCUCAUGCCUGAAGCCUAUCCCAGCUCCCCUAGGAAAGCCCUUCGCAGAAUACGGCAGAGGAGCAACAGCGAUAUCACCAUAAGUGAACUUGAUGUGGAUAGCUUUGAUGAAUGUAUUUCCCCCACAUACAAGACUGGGCCAUCACUGCACAGGGAAUAUGGUAGCACAUCUUCCAUUGAUAAGCAGGGAACGUCUGGAGAAAGCUUUUUUGAUUUGUUAAAGGGCUACAAAGAUGACAAAUCUGAUCGAGGGCCAACUCCAACUAAGCUCAGUGACUUUCUUAUUGCUGGUGGGGGCAAGGGUUCUGGUUUCUCUUUGGAUGUUAUUGAUGGGCCCAUUUCACAGAGAGACAAUCUCAGGCUUUUUAAGGAAAGGGAAAAACCACUCAAGCGACGUUCUAAGUCUGAAACUGGAGACUCAUCCAUUUUUCGUAAAUUACGCAAUGCCAAAGGUGAAGAACUUGGGAAAUCGUCGGACCUUGAAGACAACCGAUCAGAAGACUCUGUCAGACCUUGGACAUGUCCAAAGUGCUUUGCACACUAUGAUGUCCAGAGCAUAUUAUUUGAUUUGAAUGAGGCGAUUAUGAACCGGCACAAUGUUAUUAAAAGGAGAAACACGACCACAGGAGCUUCGGCAGCUGCUGUGGCAUCCUUGGUCUCUGGACCUUUGUCCCAUUCAGCCAGUUUCAGCUCACCAAUGGGCAGCACCGAGGAUCUGAAUUCCAAGGGAAGCCUUGGCAUGGACCAGGGAGAUGAUAAAAGCAAUGAACUUGUAAUGAGCUGUCCAUAUUUUCGGAAUGAGAUAGGUGGAGAAGGUGAAAGGAAAAUCAGCCUGUCAAAAUCAAAUUCUGGCUCGUUUAGUGGCUGUGAAAGUGCCUCCUUUGAGUCUACCCUUAGCUCCCAUUGCACAAAUGCAGGAGUGGCAGUACUUGAAGUCCCCAAGGAAAACUUGGUGUUGCAUCUAGACAGAGUGAAAAGGUAUAUUGUGGAACAUGUGGAUCUCGGCGCAUACUAUUAUAGGAAAUUCUUCUACCAGAAGGAACACUGGAACUAUUUUGGAGCUGAUGAGAAUCUUGGUCCGGUGGCUGUGAGCAUUCGAAGAGAGAAACCAGAAGAAAUGAAAGAAAAUGGAUCUCCAUAUAACUACCGAAUAAUUUUUAGAACUAGUGAGCUCAUGACACUGAGGGGUUCCGUCCUGGAAGAUGCUAUUCCCUCCACAGCAAAGCAUUCAACAGCCAGGGGACUGCCUCUGAAAGAGGUGUUGGAACACGUGAUCCCAGAGCUCAAUGUCCAGUGCCUGCGGCUGGCCUUCAACACACCCAAAGUCACAGAGCAGCUCAUGAAACUGGAUGAACAAGGGCUGAACUAUCAGCAGAAAGUAGGCAUCAUGUACUGCAAAGCUGGCCAGAGUACUGAAGAAGAGAUGUACAACAAUGAAUCAGCGGGCCCAGCCUUUGAAGAGUUCCUUCAACUACUGGGAGAAAGAGUUCGGCUAAAAGGAUUUGAGAAGUAUCGUGCACAACUUGACACCAAAACUGACUCCACUGGAACUCAUUCUCUGUACACAGCAUACAAAGACUAUGAAAUUAUGUUUCAUGUUUCUACUAUGCUGCCAUACACACCUAACAACAAGCAACAGCUCCUACGGAAGCGUCACAUUGGCAAUGACAUUGUAACAAUUGUUUUCCAAGAGCCUGGAGCACAGCCGUUUAGCCCUAAAAACAUCCGGUCUCACUUUCAGCAUGUUUUUGUUAUUGUCCGGGCUCACAACCCCUGCACGGACAGUGUCUGUUACAGUGUGGCAGUCACCAGGUCCAGAGAUGUGCCUUCCUUUGGACCUCCUAUCCCAAAAGGGGUCACCUUCCCCAAGUCAAAUGUGUUCAGGGACUUUCUUUUGGCCAAAGUGAUUAAUGCAGAAAAUGCUGCUCAUAAAUCAGAAAAGUUCCGAGCUAUGGCAACUCGGACCCGUCAGGAAUACCUGAAAGAUCUGGCAGAAAAGAAUGUCACCAACACCCCUAUUGAUCCUUCUGGAAAGUUUCCGUUCAUCUCUCUGGCCUCUAAGAAGAAGGAAAAGUCUAAGCCAUAUCCAGGAGCUGAGCUCAGUAGCAUGGGGGCCAUUGUUUGGGCGGUGCGGGCCAAAGACUACAACAAGGCUAUGGAAAUAGACUGUCUUCUUGGGAUCUCCAAUGAAUUCAUUGUCCUCAUUGAACAGGAAACAAAGAGCGUGGUUUUCAAUUGUUCCUGCAGAGAUGUGAUAGGGUGGACCUCCACUGACACAAGUGUCAAAAUCUUCUACGAGCGAGGAGAGUGCGUGUCAGUGGAGAGUUUCAUUAGCAAUGAAGAUAUCAAAGAUAUUGUCAAACGGCUGCAGUUUGUUUCUAAAGGUUGCGAAUCAGUGGAAAUGACUCUUCGAAGAAACGGAUUAGGACAGCUUGGCUUUCACGUGAACUACGAGGGCAUUGUGGCAGAUGUAGAACCCUACGGCUAUGCCUGGCAGGCAGGCCUGAGGCAGGGCAGCCGCCUGGUGGAGAUAUGCAAGGUGGCUGUGGCCACCCUGAGCCAUGAGCAGAUGAUUGAUCUCCUGAGGACAUCUGUCACAGUGAAAGUUGUCAUUAUUCCCCCCCAUGACGAUUGCACCCCACGAAGGAGUUGCUCAGAAACCUACCGCAUGCCAGUGAUGGAAUAUAAAAUGAAUGAUGGUGUUUCAUACGAGUUCAAGUUUCCCUUCCGAAAUAAUAACAAAUGGCAGCGAAAUGCCAACAAGGGGCCUCAUUCACCUCAAGUCCCGUCCCAGGUUCAGAGUCCCAUGACCUCACGGCUGAAUGCUGGGAAAGGUGAUGGGAAGAUGCCUCCUCCAGAACGAGCAGCCAACAUUCCUCGAAGCAUCUCCAGUGAUGGACGCCCACUAGAGAGGCGCCUGUCUCCUGGUUCGGACAUCUAUGUGACUGUCUCAUCCAUGGCUUUAGCAAGAUCUCAGUGUCGUAACUCCCCUAGCAACCUGUCUUCAUCCAGCGAGCCAGGCUCUGGGGGCAGCACCUACAGACAGAAAUCCAUGCCUGAAGGGUUUGGAGUGAGCCGCAGAUCACCAGCUUCCAUGGACAGGCAGAACACACAGUCAGACCUUGGGGGCAGUGGAAAAUCCACACCCAGCUGGCAAAGAAGUGAGGAUAGCAUUGCUGACCCAAUAGCUUACAGUUAUAGAGGACCUCAGGAUUUCAAUUCUUUUGUCCUCGAGCAGCAUGAAUAUACAGAGCCUACAUGCCAUCUCCCAGCAGUAUCAAAGGUACUGCCAGCUUUCCGAGAGAGCCCCAGUGGGAGAUUAAUGCGGCAGGAUCCAGUGGUUCAUUUGUCUCCAAACAAACAAGGGCAUGCUGAUAGCCACUACUCGAGCCACUCCAGUAGCAAUACCCUCUCCAGCAAUGCGUCAAGUGCCCACAGUGAUGAGAAGUGGUAUGAUGGGGACCGCACAGAAUCUGAACUCAACAGCUACAACUAUCUGCAGGGUACCUCUGCUGACAGUGGCAUCGACACCACCUCCUAUGGGCCCAGCCACGGCAGUACAGCUUCCCUGGGGGCUGCCACCUCAUCACCCCGCUCAGGGCCAGGCAAGGAGAAAGUGGCCCCCCUGUGGCAUAGCUCCAGUGAAGUGCUCUCCAUGGCAGAUCGGACUUUAGAGACAGAGAGCCACAGCAUGGACCGGAAAGCAGAGUCCUCGCUAAGCUUGGACAUCCACAGCAAGAGCCAAGGCGGCUCAAGCCCUCUGACAAGGGAGAACAGCACUUUCAGUAUAAAUGAUGCUGCUUCUCACACAAGUACCAUGAGCUCCCGGCACUCUGCCAGCCCGGUUGUUUUCUCCAGUGCCAGAAGUUCACCUAAAGAAGAACUUCAUCCUGCCACCUCCUCACAGCUUGCACCUUCCUUUUCUUCCUCUUCCUCCUCCUCUUCUGGUCCUAGAACAUUCUACCCCCGUCAGGGAGCUACUAGCAAGUACCUGAUUGGAUGGAAAAAACCUGAAGGAACUAUUAACUCCGUGGGAUUUAUGGACACAAGAAAGCGUCAUCAGAGUGAUGGGAAUGAGAUAUCCCACACCAGGCUGCGCGCCUCAACCAGGGACCUUCGGGCGUCCCCCAAGCCAACCUCCAAGUCCACCAUUGAGGAGGACCUAAAGAAACUCAUCGACCUUGAAAGCCCAACAUCUGAAUCACAGAAGAAUUUUAAGUUCCACGCGCUGUCCUCCCCUCAGUCUCCUUUUCCCCCGACCCCCAUCUCACGGCGGGCCUUGCACAGGACCCUGUCAGAUGAGAGCAUUUACAGCGGCCAGAGGGAGCACUUCUUCACCUCAAGAGCUUCAUUUCUGGACCAAGCACUGCCCAACGACGUCCUUUUCAGCAGCACGUACCCAUCUCUCCCCAAGUCCCUGCCGCUGCGGAGGCCAUCGUACACCCUAGGAAUGAAGUCACUGCAUGGGGAGUUCUCGGCCUCAGACAGUUCCCUCACCGACAUCCAGGAGACCCGAAGGCAGCCCAUGCCUGACCCUGGCUUGAUGCCCCUGCCUGACACUGCCGCAGAUUUGGAUUGGUCCAACUUGGUAGAUGCUGCCAAAGCCUAUGAGGUCCAGAGAGCCUCAUUUUUUGCUGCUAGUGAUGAGAAUCAUCGCCCCCUGAGUGCGGCGUCCAACAGUGACCAGCUUGAGGAACAGGCUCUGGUGCAGAUGAAGUCAUACAGCAGUAAGGACUCCUCUCCCACUCUGGCUUCUAAAGUGGACCAGUUGGAAGGUAUGCUGAAGAUGCUUCGAGAAGAUCUAAAGAAGGAAAAAGAAGACAAGGCCCACCUUCAGGCGGAAGUGCAGCACUUGCGGGAGGACAACCUGAGGUUGCAGGAAGAGUCGCAGAAUGCCUCUGACAAGCUGAAGAAGUUCACAGAGUGGGUCUUCAAUACCAUAGACAUGAGCUAGGGCUGCUGAAGGGAGAGGGGGUGGCGCGCCCUCUAGUGGUUUCCUGAAGCCCCUCGUUCAUGCCUUGGAAAGCAUUCUGAGCAUCCUCCCAGCUUCCCACUUUACCCUCUUCUGGGGAGUGCACAACACAACUGCAGAUCCACAAUCAUUAUCUGCCUUUUGUAGAAAAGCAAAACAAAAAAAGACAAUAAAAUUUUUAAAAAGUAAAAUAAAAGUUUAACUGCUAAAAUGUGAAUGUCUUUAUUUUUUUGCACAAUAACUUUAUCUGUUAUGUAUAAAAAGGGCCUAGGAUGAGGUCCCUCCUGGCCCAUCUGCCUGUAUUUCCAUCAGCUUUCUGAUCUACUUCAGGUAACCCAAGCUUUCCCUGUUACCCUGGAAAAUACCAUUGUCCCUAGGAAAAUAAGCGCUUUUUUU